AUGCAGGAUUUGAAAUGUUCUUACGAUGAAAAGCGCAGGGAUCGCUUGAAAGAGGCGUUACAGAGGAACCAGACCUUGACCACGCUAUUAAACGGUGUUAGCGUCGAUCUUGAGACAAGCAGGAAGAGAAUCGAGGACGCUCUCAAAGAUUUUAAGGACGACACACCUCUUACGCCUUCCGUGCCGAUAAAGUCAAUUGGUAAACGACUAAGGCGGGCAUCAUAUUUUAAUGAACAGGAUGAUAACAGUCCCAACUCUGGAGAAGCUCAGACCGCAGCGUCAGUUGGAUCCAUCGAAGAACUAGAUUUCUUAGAGGGAGAUCAACUACAAAACGAAGACGCAAGUGAAACAGGCUACAUGGGCCGCAACUUCCAGGUCCAGUGGUUACGGAGCCCUCAGGGAAAACUAAGACAGCCUGAAGAGGAAGGGUCUGUGUCGUGGAGGCAGCUAAUGACGGUAAAAGAGGAGGACUUGGACCGCCUUGGCUUCAAACUCGGUCACCGUCGCAAACUCCAGAGGGCGAUAGCCACUAUGGAUGGCUACCCGCAGUCAGAACCUCUACCAUCUUAUGGAGUGAAAACUACUCAGGUCAACUCCACUUUGGCAAGGGAUAUGCCCUCCUUCUCUGGUCGCCUCAAGGAUCAGUCUGUAUUCCCAAUGACCAAGGAAAGCAAGCACCCGCAAAAAGUACUUGCAUUCUGA